UCUCCGCUCCGCGAUUGCGACGGAGACGCGGCGGAUUCGGCGCUGCACCGCGAACGUCACGAAUUCGCUCGCGCGCGCAUGCACGCUCGUUCGCUCGCUCGCUCGCUCGCUCGGAUCACUCGCUCGGCUCACUCGCUCGGCUCACUGACGGUCAGUCAGUCGGUCAGGCAACAAAGGCAGCCGCGGGAGCGCCAGUCAACAAUCGAACACGCGGCAGCGAGCACCGUCGAAAUGGAGAUGCGUAUCGACGGUCGGCCGAUGACGACGACGACGACAACGACAACGACGACUUCGACGCCGACGCCGACGCUGACGACGACGACGAUUACCCCGUCCAUAGCCGAUGAUGACGAUGAGCAUCACCGAGGGAUGACGUUCGCUGUCACGUGGAAGCGCUGCAAGGAGUUGUUGCUCGACUUUCACUUCAACUCCGACCGGAUAUUCCAUCGGAUCGGACUUAGUAUAGCCACAAAACCAUGGCUUUGGUUAAUAAUUUCCUUGUGUCUAAACCUCAUUUUUGGUUUCGGAUUGUUGCUAUGGAAGGAGGAAAUCGACGAAGUCGAACUAUACAUGCCAAUAGAUUCUACAUUUCGCAAGGACGCUGCCUGGGUGAAGGAACACUUUCGAGACGAUCUCAGGCACGAAAGUGUCAUCAUCACUGCUCCCAACGUACUGGAUCCCGAAGUGCUGCGAUCGAUCAGAGAUAUUGAAAGAGAUGUGAAGAAUAUAAUAGUAAAUAAUAAUACUUGGGAAGAUGUGUGCGCUGGCUACUUUACGUGGUUCCAAGAGGAUGACAAAUGGGAAACUAUGAAUAAAACUGAGUUCCCCGAGGAAUAUUUACCUAUUAUAAACGAUACGAUGGCGAAAGAACCUUGUAUCCAUAAAUCGCUCCUGAAGAUAUGGCAAAAGCACGGUAUCGAUAAAUUAACAAAAGCAAGGAUAUUAAAAGAUGUUACUACAACUUUGAAAAAUACAAAUACCAAAAAUACACUGGCCGAUAUCGAGCCGUUAUUAGGAGGUAUCGAGUAUGACGAGAAUGGGAGAGUGAAGAAUGCAAAAGCGACAAUUUUAUACUGGAUACUAAAGAAAUCUAAUCCACAAUCGCCGGAAUGGGAGGUCGAGUUUAUUGAGAGGGUACUACACUCGAAUCGCAUUUUGCCACCAGGCAUGGAGAUCUAUGCGAUGACAUUGCGCAGCUACCAAGAUAUGUUACACGAAGUGGUCAACAGCAACAUGACUGUGUUGUUCUGUGGCAUGUCAUUGAUCACAAUCUACGUGAUUGUAAUGAUCGGCCGGUGCAAUGCGAUGCAGCAACGAAUAUACUUGUCUCUCAUGGGCAUUUCCGUGGUCGGUCAAGCUCUCCUAUCAUCCUAUGGGGUGUGCUAUUACAUGGGAUUUUUUUACGGACCAGUGCAUCCGAUUUUACCAUUCCUGCUACUUGGUAUCGGUGUCGACGACAUGUUCGUCAUCAUGCAAAGUCUUGAAACUUUAUCAGAAGCGGACAAAUCCUUAAACAUCCCUGACCGUAUAGCGAAGUCCAUUCAAGUAUCAGGUAUGUCCAUCACUGUGACAUCGUUCACCAACAUGGUGGCCUUCGCCAUCGGCAUGACGACGGUGAUGCCAUUCUUAAAAUCCUUCUGUAUGUUCGCCGCAAUGGGUAUACUGUUUCUCUACAUCUACGAGAUCACAUUCUUCGUCAGCUGUCUGGUAUAUGACGAAAGACGAUUAGCAGCGAAGAAGGAGGGCUGCUGUUGUCAGCCGCGACCUAAUUGGCGAUCGAAUAAGUGUAGCAAUCAAAAUUUUCAGCGACUCGUUUUUGAGAAAUACGUCGGGCCUUUCGUGAUGAGAACACCAAUAAAGAUAAUUAUUUUGUUAGUUACCGUUAUCUUACUGUGUGUUAACAUAUGGGCGAUAUUUCAUUUGAAUCAGAAUUUUGAUCCGCUUGUAUAUCUAAAUCAAGAAUCUUAUCCUAUACGAUUUAACAACAAAUUGAAGGAACAUUUUCCCAAAUAUGGCAAGAAUGUCAACAUAUAUAUGACAGGCGUGGACUAUUAUGAGGAUCGCCAGGCACUAUCCCAACUAGUAGAUAAUCUCAAGCAAAAUCCGUAUAUUAAUAAUCGCACUUUGGACCCAUGGUUUAUGGCAUAUGAGAAAUGGCUGAACACUACUGGCAAAGCACAUUAUAUUGAGGAUAAAGAUGAAUAUUACAACAUACUGACGGAAUACCUCCUGUUCACGGUGAAGGGCCAAGCAUAUAUCCAGAAUAUGAAAUUCGAUAAAUUACCUUUUAAUGAUUACAAUAUCACGACGUCGCAGAUUGCAAUACAACACAUUCCCGUGACUACAUCAUCUGAUCAAAUACGGGCUAUGCAAUCGAUUAGGGAUAAUGUGAAGUCGGUGAAUUUUACUCGAGGGUACGAUCACAUAGCGAUUUAUUCAUUAGAUUAUAUAUCAUGGGCAUCGAACAAGAUCAUUGGCGAAGAAUUGAUCAGAAACUUGAGCCUAGAGAUUAUGGCAGUAGGAAUAGUAACUUUGGUGCUACUUAGAAAUCUAAUCGCAUCGUUUUGGGUUAUGUGCUGCGUGCUGUUCACGCUCGUCAAUCUUCUAGGCUCAAUGUAUUUCUUAGGGCUGACUAUUGAAAUCUCAUCGACUAUUAUGAUCUUAUUGUGUGCUGGAUUAGCAGUCGAUUAUGCCGCACACAUUGGAUUGGAAUUUAUACGCUCAAGUGGCAAUAAGCAAGAACGAGCAUUAACAACACUCAGCGUUAUUGGACCGGCAGUGUUUAAUGGUGGCCUGAGCACAUUCCUCGCCUUCGUCCUAUUAAGUUUUAGUCAAGCUUACGUUUUCAUAACUUUCUUUAGGUUGUUUACAUCUGUAGUACUAUUUGGUUUGUUUCAUGGGUUGCUAUUUUUGCCGGUGAUAUUAAGUUUAGCGGGACCUGGUGAAAGAAGACAAGACAGCCCAGAAAAAAGUCAGGAUAUACAUCACAACGGUUACUAUACCGUCCAUCUGCCCCAAAAUGGGAAAGGUAAUAUUUUUAAAAUUUCACUAUGUUACAAAACGCAGUUUUCUCGAGACAAAAACAGAUUAAUUUUAUUUUUUUUCUUGUAGAUACAGAAGAUGCGCUUGCUAAAUGAAUUUAGCAAUGCUUCAAAAGGCUGCUUAGGUAAAAAUAUUUUGUAGAUAAUUGUAGCACUGAUAUUUGUAUGAUUGUGGAACGAAUGUGCGCAUAUUACAUUGCAACAAUGUAUGCGCCUAUAUGUCUCUCUUUUUGUCUCUAUGUCUUUCCAUUCUUUUAUAUAUAUACAAUAUAUAUAUAUAUAUAUAUACAAAACAAAA